GGAAGGAAGGCGGCGGCGGGGCAGCGGCGGCGGCAGCUGGAGGCGGCGGCGGCAGUGGCUGCCGCCGAGCCCGGGCGGCCGGGCUGGGCCGAGCAGGCUACGCGCUUCAGCAAUGCGGGCAGCUCCAGGACCUCAUCGACAUCUCGCUCUCCAGCCUGCAGGGGCUCCGCACCAAGUGCGCCGCGUCCAACGAUCUCACCCAGCAGGAGAUCCGCACCCUGGAGGUGAAACUGGUCCGUUACAUUGGCAUCCAGUUACAGUGCAAGCUCAGCGUCCCCUUAAAUGACAGGACGGUUGAGCUGAACAGUUAUCCAAGGUUCAGCGACUGGUUGUACCUUGUUAACCUGCGGAAGGACGUCAUCCAGAGGAUUCCUGAGGACCUCACUCUCGAUGCCUUCUUGGAAAUGAACGACUUGAAAGUCAAAGACACGAUGAAGAGAUACGGGGCCAGCACAGAGGAAUGUUCCCGGCUGAACGGAGCCCUUACCUGCUUGCGGAAGGCAACACGGAUGGGUGGAGAGUACAAAGACCACCUGGUGUGGAAUCCACCUGAUGUAUGCCGGGAAACCAGUUUGAUGCCUCCUUCUGAACUUUCCCCCUGCCCUCCAGGGCUCAUGUGGAUGCAGGGCAACCUUUCCCUUUUGAGAGGCAACGGCCCACAGCCCCGUUCUGUCUCGGUCUCCACCAUCCCCUCUUCGGACAACUUGCCCACGAGUCAAGGCCCCCCUGCCUUUGCCGAUAACCUCUUGGAAUCGUUUGCUUUCCCCACUCACGGUGGGCGGCGAAACCUCAGAACUCCUCACAGUACUGCCAUUACCCCACCUACCACCCCCCAGCUCAAGAGGGGGAAGCCACCACGGACUCCACCUCCACCCAGCCGAAAGGUUUUCCAGCUGCUGCCCAACUUCCCAACCCUCACGAGGAGCAAAUCUCACGAGUCCCAGCUUGGCAAUCGGAUAGAUGAAGUUCCUCCCAUGAAAUUUGAUUUCCCCCAGGGAUCUCCACAAACGGUACGAAGAGAUAUCGGUCUGUCUGUAACACACAGGUUUUCUACAAAAUCAUGGCUCUCUCAGGUGUGCCAAGUGUGUCAAAAAAGCAUGAUGUUUGGAGUAAAAUGUAAACACUGCAGAUUAAAAUGUCACAACAAAUGCACCAAAGAGGCCCCACCCUGUAGAAUAUCUUUCUUACCCAUACCACGAUUAAGGAGGACAGAGAGCGUCCCUUCCGAUAUCAACAAUCCGGUGGACCGGCCUUCCGAACCACAGUUUGGGACUCUCCCAAAAGCCCAAGCAAAAAAGGACCACCCGACAGCAAUCAAUCACCUCGAUUCAAGCAGCAAUCCAUCUUCCACCACCUCUUCCACGCCGUCUUCUCCAGCCCCCUUCCAGUCUUCCAAUCCCCCCAGCGCAACGCCUCCCCCCAACCCGUCUCCCAUGGGUCAACGAGACAGUCGGUUCAACUUCCCAGCUGCUCACUACAUUCAGCAUAGACAACAGUUUAUCUUCCCAGAAAUUCCCGGUACUCCACAAACAACACAGCCUCCUGAAACUACGGAAAAUACUAACAGUGCUGAGGUACCCCUAGAGACUGAUGGGGUUGAAGAACAGGACACAGAGCACGUGGAAGACCAAGAGCAGAACAAGGUGGAAGCAGAGGACGAUGAAGAUGAGAUUGAUGACCUGCCAACCCGGCGAUCUCGGUGGCGGGGGAUGAUCUCACGCAAGGCUAGCCAAACCAGUGUCUACUUGCAGGAAUGGGACAUUCCCUUUGAGCAGAUUGAACUGGGUGACCCUAUUGGCCAAGGACGGUGGGGAAAGGUGUACCGGGGGAGAUGGCAUGGAGAGGUGGCCAUCCGUUUAUUGGAGAUAGAUGGGAACAACCAGGAUCAUCUGAAGCUCUUCAAGAAAGAAGUGAUGAACUACCGGCAAACCAGGCAUGAGAAUGUGGUGCUUUUUAUGGGUGCAUGCAUGAACCCCCCUCAUCUAGCAAUCAUUACCAGUUUUUGCAAAGGAAGGACGCUUCACUCAGUAGUCAGGGAUCCCAAAACACCUCUGGAUAUCAACAAGACCAGGCAGAUAGCUCAGGAGAUCAUUAAGGGCAUGGGGUACCUUCAUGCAAAAGGGAUUGUGCAUAAAGAUCUCAAAUCCAAGAACAUUUUCUAUGAAAAUGGAAAAGUUGUGAUCACUGACUUUGGCCUGUUUGGAAUUUCCGGGGUGGUUCAAGAAGGAAGGCGUGAAAAUGAACUGAAGCUGCCCCAUGAUUGGCUGUGCUACCUGGCUCCUGAGAUAGUGCGCGAGAUGGCUCCUGGGAAAGAUGAAGACAAGCUGCCCUUCUCCACAGCUGCAGAUGUCUAUGCUUUUGGGACCGUAUGGUACGAGCUCCAGGCCAGAGAGUGGCCCUUUCAGAGCCAGCCAGCGGAGGCGUUGAUCUGGCAGAUUGGAAGUGGCGAAGGAAUGAAGCACGUCCUGCAAGCAAGUAGCCUGGGGAAAGAAGUUGGCGAAAUCCUCUCUGCGUGUUGGUCCUUUGAUGUUGCUGAGCGGCCCAGCUUCACCCUCUUGAUGGAAAUGCUUGAAAAACUGCCAAAGCUCAACCGGAGGCUCUCUCACCCGGGACACUUCUGGAAAUCAGCUGACCUUAACAGUAGCAAAAUGGUCAUCCGGUUUGAACGAUUUGCUCUGGGAGAUCUGGAAUCCAGUAAUCAAAAGAUCUAGCUUGCCGUGUUUUAAUGGUCCUUUGCCCGUGUUUUUAAUCUGUGCUGUUCACGUGCCUGGGGAAACCUGUUCGCGAUCUUAAAUGGAAAAUCCCCAAGUGAUGGAAGGAGAAGAUGGCGAGACCACACACCCACGCUACCUUAGCAAUAUGGAUGUUUGAUGUGUUUGCUUAAAUCAGCGGCUUCAUUUUUGAAAUGUUUACAUUUGGAUUACUUUUUUUCUGUGUGAGUUAACGGUUAACAAUAAAUGUGAUAAAAAGGUGUUUUUCUAAAAAAAACA